AUGAAAUUCAACAAGAGGAAGAAAUCCUUCAAAAUAAAGAAGAAAAGCUAUGGAGGUAGGCAGGAGCAGGGGUACAACUCCGAGAUAGAGUCCGACGACAUACUGUCCUCGGAGGCAUCGGAAAGUGGAAACCAGAGAACGAAGCUGGGGAAGACGAAAAAACGCCACCUCGCAUCGGUUGAGGGACAGAUCACGGAUGAAGACGCAACAGAUGGCGAUGCAAGUGACCUCGAUGAGGACGGCAGCAGUGGGGACGAAAACGGAAACGCCUUCAAUAACCCGGAAGAGCGGAAAAUACACCUGGCCAAAAAGUACCUCAGAGAUAUGGGUAUACAAAGCAGCAAUGAUGACAAGUCCCAAAGUGAUUCCCCUGAGAACAGUGAUGAGGAAGACAAGUCGGAUUCGAAUUUUAGCGACAACCGUUAUUCCCACGGAAAUGACGAGCAGAGGGAACAAAUCAGCAAACUGAUGAUGCAAAGGGAGAGGCAAAGAAGCAGGAAAGCGCUCCUAAAUUUGGGAAAUAAAAUCAGAAUUGUGCAUGACGAGAAAUUGGCUGCUUCCAAAGGGAUUGCCAAGAAGGGGCCACCUUGCAUGAACCGUUCAGGUGGAAGCGGCGAAAGCGGUGAAAGCUGUCAAAGCGGUCAAAACGGUCAGAGCAGUCAAAGCGGCCAAACUAACCUACCUGCUGAACAUGCUUUCUUUUUCCGCGGACACAAAAAGAGCGUCACGUGCGUUGCUUGCCCAGAUUUUAACCUUUCCUUCUUUGACUACUACGAGUACGAUGUGGGAACUGCCGAGUGUGAUAAGAGCGACGUGUACGCAGGGUACAACAGCGGGAAGUUCUACAAAGAGGAUAAUCCCAGGAACUGGGCGCAGGAAAGCAAUCCCUUUGGAGGCGACCCGUUUGGAGACAACGCCAAACACGCCAUGGAGGCGAAGGUCUUCCCCAAUGUUUCCCUCAGCACGGCCUACACGGGGGGUAAAGACGCCUGCAUCAUCGAGUGGGACAUAGCUAGAGGAGAGAAGGUUCACAUUUAUAAAGGAAACCCCAGCGCCUUCCAGCACUUAGGAAGGAGCAACGGAAUAAGCCAUUUCAAGACCGUAAUGGAUUUGUAUUGUCACAAAUUUAAUUCCUUCUUCAUAUCUGUUGGGGCGGACAAUUUAAUAAGCACAUGGGACAACCGAGUGAGAAAAACGUGUACCCAUUCUGUUGUUGGACACAAAAAUGUCAUUAGCGCAAUUGUUGGGAGCAAUGAAAACACGGAUGAGUUAAACAUGGAAUACAACUUCUUCACGUCUUCCUACGAUAAGUCGAUUAAAUUAUGGGACUUGCGAUUUUUGGACAAAUGUAUUAAUACUUAUCUGGGACAUACCAACAACAUUUUAAGCAUGACUUCUUUAAGCCAAAAUAAAUUAAUUACCAGUUCGAGUGAUUAUACUCUCCGUUUUUGGAACACCAAAAAUGAUAACCAUAUUUUGUUUAACUUAAGUUACGAAAUUGUGGAGUCCUGCUGUUCCCUUAACAAUAGGGUCUUUAUCGCGGGGACGUUUUCUGGCCAUAUUUACAUUUUUUCCUCUUCUUAUAAGAAGCCCAUUUGUAUUUGCAAAAAUGCACACAGUUCGUACGCAGUGACGGCGCUUGUUAGCAUCCCGUUCACGGACAUUUUCAUUUCUGGGUCGUACGAUGGUUACGUAAACUUUUGGCAGUACAAGAGCCUUAGCAAAACGUCGGCUACCAUGCGGAAGAUCCUGGCCGUUCCGGUGGAUGGCGCGGUAAGCAAGCUUUCCUUCUCGCCCAACUAUGCGUAUCUGUUUGCCGCCGUCGGGGACGAGAUGAAGCAUGGCAAGUGGACACGCACGCGCAGCAGGAACGGGCUGGCCGUCAUUCCGCUGCGCUUCCUGCGAUGA